UUGGAGAGGAAGAAGCAGGACUUCUCUGUGUACCGAAACCUGGACGUCCACGCAGAAGACACCCCCCGGCUCCUGCAGGAAGCACCAGCCGAGCCGGACACUCAAACCCAGCCUCCGCCCCCAGCAGUUGCCGCCGUUCCGGGGUCACUUCACGCGACUUGCAUUUAGCGGCAGAAACACCGGAUACGAGCUUCCGAGAAGAAGCACGGCGGGGGAAAAUCGUUUCAGUCGAUAUUUCUAGAGGCUGGCAUGUAGCAGCCCCGUGUGCAGGUAUGUUUACCCGGGUUUGUCGGGUCGUGAAACCUGCUUUGACGCAGUGUGUCGCUCCGGUGAGACGGCGGCUUGUUGGCAGGCUGCAGGGCUCUCUGUAAUGAAGAGGCAAGCCAAGAAGGUGCUGGAGGAGGAGGCGGCCUUGUGCUGCUGCGAAUACAUGAACAGACACGGACAGCGCAGCCAUGUAGCAGCCUGCUGCUGUGACUGUGAGGACCUGGAUGAUGCCUGUGACAGGAUUCUGAAGAGUGAACCUCAGAAGCCUGAAUCCCUGUCACAGGUGGCUGCAGUCGUCACAGAUCGGAUUCGUGUGCCGUGGCUGUGGGGUGGAGCGCGCAAGGUGGACCUGUCCAUCAUUCCUCCUCUUCUUCUCCUUCCUGCCCUGCUGCACCUUGCUGCUCUCCAUUUCCUGAUCGGGAUGGUGGUUCUGACAGCUCUGCCGGGCUUAGUGCUGUGGUAUUACUAUUUCACCCACCGUAAGAAAGGACGGACCCUCUUCUUCCUCAGCCUGGCCCUUUUCUCCUUGGCGUACAUGUACUACUUGUUCAUCACUGAGGUGUUUCCACGUGGGGAUGUUGGACUGCUUCAGCUAGUGCUGGUAAGCGUCGGGGUCGUCCUCACCCUGCUGGCUCUUUUCCACACCAAGAGAGAUCCGGGCAUCCUGCGCCCAAACGAAGAGUCCGUUCACAGCAAGGUGGCGUAUUACAGCUCCCCCACAGGCAGAAACCCUUCCCUCAGUGGUGGGAGGCAGGAUGUGACGAUGACUGUAGCCAACCGGGCUGGGGUGUCAGAGCAUGUGGAGGAGGAAAUGAAGGAAAGCAACCGAAAGAACUGGUGUCAGGCAUGCAGGAUGGUGCGGCCCCCCAGGGCGGGGCAUUGUCGCAUCUGUGGUGUCUGCGUGCUGCGUCUCGACCACCACUGUGUCUGGAUAAACAGCUGUGUGGGGCAGGCCAAUCACCGCAGCUUUCUGCUCACGCUCGUCCUCUUCCUGUUGACGUCCCUGUACGGAAUCAGCCUGGUGCUGCAGAGUGUGUGUCCACGGCAAAAUCUCCUCUUCGCCUUACUCUACUGUCCAGGAGUCUACAACCAGUACAGCACUGCUCUUUGCUUCACCUGUGCGUGGUACAGCAGCAUUGUGACGGGCGGGUUGCUUCACCUGCUGGCGAUACAGCUCAUCAACGUCAGCUGCAACGUGACCGAGCGCGAAGCCCGCAUCGCCCUGCGAGAGAAAACCGCUCGCAGCGCCUACUGGGGACUUGUCGUGAACACUGGCGCCUAUUCCCGAGGUUUCCGUGGCAACUGGUCUGAGUUCAUGAGCAUGGGAGACAAAGUGAUUCCCCCCUCUCCCACUGACUUGGUGUGAGAGACUUGUGAUGCAAUGGUAAAUGGUAAAUGGACUGGUUCUUAUAUAGCGCUUUUCUACUCUGUCCGAGCACUCA